AUGGGUCUAGGACAAUUGCCACCAGGACAACUGCAUCCAGGACAACGGCCACUCAGACAAUUGCCACCAGGACAACUGCCACCAGGACAACUGCCACCCAGACAAUUGCCACCAGGACAACUGCCACCCAGACAAGUAUCGCCUCGGACAAAUGCCACCCAGACAAUUACCACCUGGGACAACUGCCUCAGACAAUUACCACCUGGGACAACUGCCACCCAGACAAUUGCCACCAGGACAACUGCCACCCAGACAAUUACCACCUGGGACAACUGCCACCCAGACAAUUACCACCUGGGACAACUGCCACCCAGACAAUUACCACCUGGGACAACUGCCACCGAGACAAUUACCACCAGGACAACUGCCACCCAGACAAUUACCACCUGGGACAACUGCCACCCAGACAAUUACCACCUGGGACAACUGCCACCCAGACAAUUGCCACCAGGACAACUGCCACCCAGACAAUUGCCACCAGGACAACUGCAACCCAGACAAUUGCCACCAGGACAACUGCCACCAGGACAACUGCCACCCAGACAAUUGCCACCAGGACAACUGCCACCAGGACAAUUACCACCUGGGACAACUGCCACCCAGACAAUAACCACCUGGGACAACUGCCACCCAGAUAAUUACCACCUGGGACAACUGCCACCCAGACAAUAA